UCCUUUCUCUUUAUUCAUGAUUUCAAUUAUUUACAAGCUAUGAUUAAUGUAUUCUUGAUGUUUUUGAUUGGAAUUGCAAUUGUGGUAAGAUAGAAUGUAGCACUUGGGAUGAAAUCAUUUUUGGAAUUAGGUUUUUUAUGGUGUGUGUUUUCUAAUGAUGCUUUAUCCUGUGAUUGAUGUGUUUUUGAAUUGAUGUUGAUUUAUAGCAUUUUAGCGGCAAAGACCAUUACUUUAGGUAUCUUUUAGGUUUAUCUCACUUGCUUAGUCUAUCUUAUGGUGACGGUAUGCAUCAAGAUGACAAUUUUGCAUCUUGCUUGAGGUUUGAGGAAGAAAUAUCAAGAAAUUAGUUUCACCUGAGGAAGAAACAUUAAGGAAUUGCUUUAGGAAAAAAUAUUAAGGAAUUAGUUUCAUCCGAAUUAUUAAAGAAAUAGUUUUGCUCGAGGAGGAAGUAUCAAGGAAUUAGUUUAAAUUGAGGAGGAAAUAUCAAGGAAUUAGUUUCAAUUGAGGAGUAAAUCUCAAGAUAAUAGUUUUAGGAAACUUCUUUGCCACCCCUCAUCCAUUCCUACCAUAGGUGGGAUUCUCAUUGGGUUAUUGUUGGAGCAAUGCAAGCUUUCUUUCUUCCUUUUACUUCUCACUUCCCAACCACCACAAGCCUAUAUUACACUAUCACCAUAGCCAUUUGAGGAUAAUCACAGACAUAGACCACCACAAGUCCACAACCAUAGGUACCACUGGUCCACCACUAUUAGAACACGGGAUUGUACUAUAUUAUUAUCGUUGGGAGAAUGACUUUUAGUUCCUUGUUACUGUUGCCUUGUAGUUUUUGAAGUUACACUAAUAUAAGAGUGGCUUUUUCAUGCAAUUUGUUUGUGCUUCUUAGAGAUCAAUAUAUUUGUGAGGGGGUGUUUGCAGGUGUAAUAUGUUGUUCUGUGCCAUAGGUUUGCUGCUAAUUUUAUAAUGUUAUUUGACUGAUAUAAAUAAGCCUGAAGCUAUUGAGAUGAUAUUGAUUUAAAAUUUAUGGGGAAUUAGAAAGUCUGACUAUUUUACAUCAUUAAGGUAGCUGAGAUGAGUUUCAAUUUGAAUAGCAAAGCAUAGAUUUUCUAACAGUAGAAGAGGUUAUUAACUUCCGUUUUGCUGGGAAGAAUUUGGUUGGGAGAAGAUUGGAGAAAAUUCUGAAAAAUAAAUAUUGACUAGUUGACGGGGUAACGAUGAUGGGAUGUUUUCUCCUACAGUGUCUUGGUUGAAUACGGUGAGAAAGCUCAGAAGGCUUCCUAUUGCAGUUGUUUAGAGACUCCUUCUGCAACUUCCUACUUUGGUAUGCACAUAUUUGUAACUUCCUCAGUUUUGUCAAUUUAUAUUUCAAAGUUGGAAAAUAUUUUAAAGACAAUUAUAUAUUUAGUUAAGCCUUAAAACUGCAAAAUCCAGCAGUACUCCAUUGCUAUAUAAUGGCUGGUGCUGUAUGUCGAUUGAGUAGGGUGUUUUUGGUAGUUUAAGGAUUCUUUCCUUCCUGGGUUCUUGAGUCUCCGGAGCAGAUCAUGAGGCCUGCUGAGUUCUUGGUGCCCUUGUUUGGCAAGUUGACAUAAAAAAGGUUGACGGGCUAAAUUAUGGCUUUAUGGCAUCUAUUUCUUGAGUAUAGUUGGGAUGGUGAUAUUGUUGUUUUACUCAUUAGCGAAACAUGUUAGUUGGUGCGUUGGCUAUUUGACAAGGCUACUAUUGUUGGAACUGGAUAUUGCAAGGUAAGCAUGCUUGGUGACUUGUUGAUUAUGAACGUUGUAUUGUUUUUUUUAAUCUUCACCAGGUCUUUUCAGCUGCUCAUAGUUGCCCUGCUAUGCUGCCAUAUCUCUUAUUUGUGAUGUGUGGUAAACACUUUUAAAGUUUGUGAAAGCUUUUUUUUUACCCAAUGUAGUGAUGAUUUUUUUUUUUUUUUUUUUUUUUUUUUUUUUUUUUUUUUUUUUGGUGUUAUGAUUUUAUGUUAAUUACGAACCUAUGCUGAUGUGUUUGCAUAGAUGUGGUUUUUUACAUGAUACUACAGGAGUUGUUCGCUAUCCUUAUCCGCCGAUGGCUCGUCCUUCCUUUCUCUCUCGUCCUGGAGUUACAGUUGGCAUGGUUCCCCAACUGCCGAGACCUCCUUUUUUGGGACUUCGUCCACCAUUGACACUUCCAGUUGUUAGGCCUCCUGUUGUUCCAGUUGCGUUACCGCCAGAAAAACCACAAACUACUGUUUAUGUUGGCAAGAUAGCUCCUUCAGUAGAGAAUGAUUUUAUUCGUUCGCUCCUUGAGCUAUGUGGACCAAUAAAGAGUUGGAAGCGCGCUCAGGAUCCAUCAGAUGGAACCCCAAGAAGAUUUGGCUUCUGUGAGUUUGAAUCUGCUGAAGGGGUUCUCCGAGCUCUACGACUGCUAAGUAAAUGCAAUGUUGACGGUGAAGAGCUGGUGCUGAAUGUUAAUCAAGCAACAAGAGAGUAUUUAGAACGUUAUGUGGAGAAGAAGAAAGAGAACUUAAAUAAACCUAGUGAGACUGAAGUUGAGGAAGCCAAGAAAGAGGGAGAAAGUGCACCUGAUGCUGAGAAGAGUGAAAUGAAAGAGAAGGAAGAACCUGCUAAAAUUGCUGCAGAAGAGCCCAAGAAGGAUGCAAAUGAGACUGAGAACAAGGAAAAUGAUAUGGCCAGUUUUGGCCUUGUUACGGAUGAGGAUCGUGAUGUUGAUCGAGAGGCUUUGGAUAAGCUCGCUAAUAUGAUAGAAGAACGCAUAAAGACUAAACCUCUACCUCCUCCGCCACCAGCACAGAAGGUUGCUGAUGGCACAAACAACUCGAACUCUGAACUGCCUGCUAAAUCCGGGGACAAAGACUCUGAUGUUAACCCUGUGAAAAACGAAGAUAAAAUGGACGAUGAGACGACAAGUGAGUCUAAACCUUCAAAUAGAGCUGGAACAGAGUCACCUGAUAGAAGUAGAAGGUAUGAUAAUAGGAGUCGUGACCGUGAUCGACGAGACAAGGAGAGAGAGCUUGAUAGAUUGGAGAGAGAACGAGAACGUGAAAGAGCAAGGAGAGAGAAGGAGAGAGACUUGGAGAUUCUAAAGGCUGAGCGGUUUUUCAAAGAGCGCGUUAAGGAAUGGGAGACUAGAGAAAAGGAGAGAGAAUAUGAGCGGAGGCGUGAGAGGGAGAAGGAGAAAGAAAGGGAACGUGAACGGAGGAGGCUGGUUGCUGAGCAAGAGGAUGAAAGCGACGAUGAUUCUAGGAAAAGAAGACGUAAGUCUGAAAUUGAGGAUAAGAGGAGGCGACGACGGAGGGAGAAGGAGGAUGAUAUGGCAGACAGACUUAAAGAAGAGAAAGAAAUUGUGGAGGCCAAAAAGAGAGCCGAAGAGGAGCAGCAGAGGCAACAAGUAAAACAGGCAUUGGAGCUUCCUUCUGUUUCAGUUGAUAAUGGAAGUGAGAAACCUGCUUCACCCUUGCCUGAAGUUACUGCCAGUGAGAUCAAAGAUGAUAUGGAACAGGAUCAUGAUUCUGAAGCUAUUCUUGCCCCUGCCCCUGCCCCUGCAAGCCAUACUGGUGAUGGGGUCAUUGAAAAUGGCGGUACAGAUGAACCUACGGUAGCACCUGGCUCAACACCAGAUGUCAAGCAUGUGGGCAAUGCCCCAGCCAAAAAGCUUGGAUUUGGUUUGGUGGGCUCAGGGAAACGAACGGCUGUGCCGUCUGUCUUCCAUGAGGAAGAGGAUGAUGAUGCACAAAAAGAAAAGAAAAUGAGGCCUCUUGUACCAAUUGAUUACUCUACUGAAGAACUUCAAGCCAUACACACAAAUGAUGGAGAGGCACCUCCAAUUUCAUCUGCUUCUGCUGAAUCUGGUAAGCAUAUUAAUCCUAGAGAAGCAAAGUCUGAUGUAGAAAGGGAUAGAAGUCGGCGUUCUCAUGAUAGGUCAAGCCAUCGGGACCGUGGACAUGAACGUGAUGGUGACGUGGCUCCGCGAGGUCGGGAGAUUUUGGAUGCAAAACAAUUGAUUGAUAUGAUUCCAAAGACUAAAGAAGAUUUGUUCUCAUAUGAAAUUAAUUGGGUUGUGUAUGAUGAGAAUCGGUUGCAUGAAAGAAUGAGACCCUGGAUUUCCAAGAAGAUUACAGAGUUUUUGGGAGAAGAAGAAACCACUUUGGUGGAGUUCAUAGUAGAUAGAUUCCGGGAACAUGUUAAGGCUGAGAAAAUGCUGGACGUGCUCCAGCGAAUUUUGGAUGAGGAAGCCGAAAUGUUUGUCCUCAAGAUGUGGAGGAUGCUUAUCUUCGAAAUAAAAAAGGUGGAGACAGGUUUGACAACAAGGCCAGGAGCGUGAAGCAUUUUGGAUCUUCUUGUUCCUGCUGGCAAUUUUUCUCCUUUAUAAUUUUUCCAUAGUAAAAGAAAUUGUAGGCAAAUGUGAUGUUGAAGCUCCAUUGUUAUUGUAUGUUUUCUAUUUUUCUUAUUGUAGUUUACAACUUAAAUUAGUUAAAUGAAAUCUAGAUUUAUUAUUGUUUUGGUCUUCAAAAAUGUAUCAUGAACUGUAUAUGCAAGAAAGAACGUUUUCUUCUAUGUACAUCGUUUCGACAUCUCUUGUACUUUGAGCUAAGCAAUACUGGAGUUUCCUUCAUACCUUCAUAGUUCA